GUAAUCAUGUUCAGGUAAAGAAGAAGGUGUACACAGAACUUCAUGUUGGCGAUGUUAUUCGGUUUGGCAUGUCGUCACGGUUAUAUAUUUUCCAAGGACCAACUGAGUUAAUGCCUCCAGAGGGUGAUUUGGAGAAACUACGGAAUGCAAAAAUUCGAGAAGAGUUGCUCGAUCGUGAAGCUUCACUAUUACGGGCAAGAGUCGAUGCUUCCCUUGCAAAUGGUAUCUCAUGGGGCAUGCAGGAGGAUGCUAUUGAAGAAGACACAGAGAAUGGUGCAGAUGAAAUAACAUGGCAAACGUACAAAGGACAGCUAACUGAAAGGCAGGAAAAAACUCGUAGCAAAAUUAUAAAAAGAAUGGAGAAGGUCGCUAACAUGAAAAAGGAGAUUGAUGCCAUACGAGCAAAAGACAUUGCCCAAGGUGGCUUAACUCAAGGUCAGCAAACACAGAUAGCUCGGAAUGAGCAAAGAAUAACUCAGAUUAUGGAGGAAUUAGAUAGCUUAGAAGAGACUUUGAAUGAAAGUAUUCAAGAAAGUGUAGGUGCUCGAUCUGGUAAGGUAGUUUGUGGUAAGAAGAAAGAGAAUGUUGAAGAUGAAGAUGACAUGCUGAGUGAUGAUGACGAUUUCUAUGACCGGACCAAGAAGAAGCCUGCUGCUCGAAAGUCUGGUGAACAGCAAUCAGUCGAAACAGCUGAUUCUCUUCUCGACAAAAAGGAUACCAUAAUUAGUCAAAUUGAGGAAAAGAAGGCCUUGCUUUUGAAAGAGAAGGAAAAGGGAGUGACUGACUCUGUCAACAGCACCGAAGGUGGAGAUGACCUUGAUGCUUACAUGUCUGGGCUGUCAUCUCAACUAGUGCACGACCGAGUCUCAAAAAUUCAAAAUGAGCUGGUUGAUCUUCAAACUGAUUUGGAGAAAACAAUGUACCUGCUGAAGAUUGCUGAUCCAAUGGGAGAAGCUGCUCGCAAAAGAGAUGCCAAAGCAGAAGCAUCGAAAUCCAAAUCCAUUCCUAAUGUCUCUAAGCCACCAAAAUCGGAGCAAAAGCAAGGGACUGCACCUACACAUGUCGUAAGGCAAGGGACUGUGCCUACUACAACUGUUGGUUUAAAACCUGAUGACACUUCCAGUCAUAAACAAGCAGUGGAACAUACAGAAGGCAGGAACAUGACUGAAGACCAAGAGGCCAGCAAACCUGUGUAUACCGCCGUAAAGCCGCAGUGGCUUGGUGCCACCAGGGAGAUUACAUCAGAAGAGAAUAUGGUACAGGAAACUCAUUUGGAUGAGAAUGAAUUGGAUAAUUUUGUGGACUACAAAGAUAGGAAAGAAAUUCUUGGGUCUGACAAUAGAUCAGAGAUUGACUGUGCGGGUCCUGGUCUAAUUAUACGAAAACGAAAGCCUGCCCAUGAGAUGGGGAUGGGUGUUGAUAAAAUCCCCAAGGUGGAAGUGUCAGUGGCUGAAACCUCAGCUGCUGAUGCUGUGGCUCUGCUGCUGAAGCACAAACGUGGGUACACUGCUUUAGAUGAAGUACUUGAAAACAAAGAGUCCAAGAGCAAAGGUCUAGAAGGAAAGGAUAAUUCACAGGAGAAGCGAGUAUUUGGGCCUUCAAAGCCAGCUUUUCUUGACAACAAUCCAGAUUAUGAGUCGUGGGUACCUCCCGAAGGACAAACUGGUGAUGGACGCACCUCCCUGAAUGAACGUCUGGGUUAUUAGUUUAUGCUAUCGUGACACAAAAUCCAUCUGGGCAAGGUGUAAAAUGAAAAUCAUGCAGGACAGGACAGAGUAAUGUGAGAACCUGACCGAAUGGCUUCUUGAACUCUACCUUUCUAUGAUAUUCCCACAUGGCACCAGCUUCGCUGUGGCUCCUGCUCCCUGACGAUCUCCGUUUCGCCAAAUUUUCCCAUGUUUGUAUCCUGGUGUUGUGUAUCCUGGAAGCCAUUAAAAUGGUCAAUCUGGUGAGCAAAUUUUAGCAAUCCAUCCAAGUUAAAAAUUCUCAGAGAGAGAGCUAGCUAUAUGGAGAUCAAACUAAAAGAAAACAUCAAAGAAAAGCUGACCGGGUGGGGUGCUGUGGUACCCGACUUUAUUGUCCUGGGACAGACGAACUUAUAUUUUUUUUCUUGAAUAUGGAAAUUCUUUGGAUAGAUAGAUUGGGUUGGUAUCUUCCCAAAUUGUCGUGCCCAUGCUACAGUAACUUUUUUUUAAUCCUCUUGGGAUACUUGUUUAGAGGUUGAAUUAGUUGUGCUGAUCAGCAAUGUAUAUGUAUGUAUGCAUGCCAACUUUUAGGUGA